AUGAGGCAAAAUGAUGCUGCAUUUACACAUGUCACUGGUGACGUUGAAAGCCUCAAGACCCAGCUAAAUUACCUCUUAGCAUCUAGUGCAUUUCCUGUGGUGCAGUAUAUUUACAAUAUUGUGCACAAAAAUAAUUUCCAUAUUUCCCACAGAAUUGACACUGAUUCCGUGGGAAGUGUGCAAACUCAAUUUUCCCACCAGUUUCCCUCUAAUUUUGCCACCGGAAAUCCAUGUGUUUCUAGUAGUGAUGUAAAUAGUGCAUUCUUGCAUGGUGGUUUGGAUGAGGAAGUGUAUAUGAAACUUCCUCCUAGAUUGUCUGUUCCUUCCACUUCCUCAUGUGGUACCCUCGUGUGCAAGUUGCAAAAAUCUCUAUAUAGGCUAAGAGGGUCUGGGGAUUCUCUUAUUAUCUUGGCUAUUUAUGUAGAUGACAUAGUUCUUAUUGGGACUGAUUUAGAUGAAAUUUCUACCUUGAAAGCCUUCUUGCAUGCUGAGUUCAAAAUCAAAGACUUAGGCUUGUUGAAUAAUUUUUUUGGUAUUGAGGUUUUGUACACUCCUUCUGGUGUUUUACUCUAUCAACGCAAGUUCAUUCAUGAUCUCCUGAAAGAAUUUUUUUCUGAUGUGUCUUCUUUUGUGGUCUGCCCUCUUGAGUUAAAUGAGAAAUUGAAGGCCAAUAUGGGUGAUCGUGUACCCAGUCCUGAGUUGUAUAGGAGUUUGAUUGGCAAGUUAAAUUUCUUAACACAUACUAGGCCAGAUUUGUCAUUUUCUCUGCAGCAUCCUUGUGUUCCUCAUAUGAAAGCUGCCUUGCACCUCUUGAGGUACUUGAAAGGGACUUCUGAUUUUGGGUUGUUCUUCAACAACUCCUCUAAUUUUUCUCUUGAAGUUUAUUGUGACAGUGAUUUGGGUUCUUGUCUUGAUAGUAGACGGUCAGUGACUGGUUUUUGCAUUAUGCUGGGUGGCAGUUUGGUCAGCUGGAAAUCCAUGAAACAAUGUAUUGUCUCUCUAUCCUCUACUGAGGCUGAGUAUAUGUCCUUAAGCAAAGUUGUGGCUGAGGUUACCCGGCUAUCUAGAAUUUUAUCCGAUUUUGGGUUUAAUAAUAUUUCUUCUAUUCCUGUCUACUGUGAUAACUAG